AUCUUUAUAUUAUACCAUCGAGAAAAGCUAUCAGAAAAAUACAAACCAUGGAGACUUACACAAUUCAGGACAUGGUUAUCAACACGACUGAUAUUUUUAAACUAUUGUGUGGAUUGGGAAUCGGCAAUGCGUCGGACUGCAAAAAUGACAGUGACAGAACAGCAGAACCAAAAGAUAUAAACCAUACAGUGCGGAUUGCGCUGUAUAUCUUUAUCUUCCUGCUGAGUUUCAUAGGGAAUAGUUUGAUCAUUGCUGUGCUCGUGCGCAACCGGAGGAUGAGGACAGUCACCAAUCUGUUCCUGCUCUCUCUGGCGGUCAGUGACCUCAUGUUGUGUCUCUUCUGCAUGCCCUUCACUCUCAUCCCAAACAUCAUGAAGGACUUCAUCUUCGGCAAAGGCAUGUGUAAAGUGGCCACGUAUUUUAUGGGUAUUUCAGUGAGCGUGUCCACAUUCAACCUCGUGGCUAUUUCUUUGGAACGCUACAGUGCCAUCUGCAACCCCUUUACUUCUCGUACCUGGCAGACCAAGUCGCACGCAGCCAAAGUCAUCACAGCCACUUGGGUCGUGUCUUUUCUGCUCAUGCUGCCUUACCCGAUAGGCAGCACGCUUGUGCCCUUCAUGCGCAGUGACAACAGCACUGGAAACAUGUGCCGCUUGGUUUGGCCCAGAGAUGUCAUGCAAACCUGGUCUGUUUUACUGUUGCUGAUUCUCUUUCUUCUACCUGGAAUCAUAAUGAUGACAGCAUAUGGCCUCACCUCAAUUGAACUCUACAGGGGAAUCAAAUUUGAAAUGGCAAACAGGAAGUCAAACAGAGAAAACAGCACUACCAGCUUGAAAAAAGGUGACGGCGAUGGCUGCUACCUCCAGCCGUCUAAGAGAAAACGCUCUGACCCGUCGACCCCCAGCUUGAGGGACACAAAACCUAAAGUUGGCAGAGUUAGCAGCAACAGCUCUACGGGAAACCUCAUGGCCAAAAAACGUGUCAUCCGCAUGCUGCUGGUGAUCGUAGGCCUCUUCUUCCUCUGCUGGACGCCCAUCUUUGUCGUCAAUGCUUGGCGGGCGUUUGACAGACGUUCAGCUGACCGUCUUCUCUCUGGAACCCCCAUAUCCUUCAUCCACUUGCUGUCCUACACCUCCGCCUGCGUCAACCCUAUAGUCUACUGUUUUAUGAACAAGCGCUUCAGACAAGGUGUGUUGUUGACUUUCAACUGUUGCAGAGCCGAACCUGAGGAUUUGAGCAGGGCAAGCAGUCGUCGAAGCGUUGUAGGAGCUGGAGGUCUUGGAACGCAGUUUGGAACAGGAGGGAGUGGUGGGACCGGACAGACUGAUGGAAACACACAAACCUGUGGCACGCUUACCAGACUAACCGACGACAGUCUUCGUGGGUCUGCGCAAGCAUAAAGAAAACAACCGGCAAUGACCACAGCUUUACAAGCCUGAAAAAAAAUCAAGAGUAGGAAAACUUUCCAAGAACUUGAUUUUGAAUAGUCUAAAAAAUAUAUGUUCUCAGUAACAAAACAUCAAUGACAAAUGAGACAUGCUCUUGACAAACUAGUUUAUAUAGGCUAGUCUAGAGUCUUCAGGUUUUUAUA